AGGCCAACUAUGAUUUGCUGGCUUCCUACUUUUCACUUGCGGCUUCCCACGAGCCCUUCAUUUCUCAACGGAAUUACAAUUCCCUCUCUCUCCAGAUCUUUAGGACUCGCUAUUCGAAUAAAGAACAUCUGCAAUUCUCACUUAAAGAAAAAUCAAUUCUCAUUUUCAGUAAAUUAUCUGUUCAAACUCUUAAAUUGUAACAAUCAACCACUACUACAUCUUACAUCCAUAACCAUAUACAUUGCAUACUCUCAUUGUCGUUUCAUUCCUCCGAUGGACUUAUGCAGGGAGGCUGAGGGGUAGAAGUCUUGAAAUAAUCAGUUUUGCAAAGUAAUUUAAAAUGGCUCCCGCUAGCAAAGCUGAUAAAAAGGCAGCGGUAGAUGCAGCUGCAUGGAUGUUCAAUGUUGUCACUUCUGUUGGGAUUAUCAUUGUCAACAAAGCUUUAAUGGCUACUUAUGACUUCAGUUAUGCUACAACACUGACCGGCUUGCAUUUUACUACCACGACCUUAUUGGCUUUUGUUCUAAGAUGGCUGGGAUACAUCCAAGCCUCUCAUCUACCUUUCUCAGAGCUUUUAAAAUUUGUCUUCUUUGCAAACUUCUCAAUUGUUGGAAUGAAUGUUAGUCUAAUGUGGAAUUCAGUGGGAUUUUAUCAGGUUGCAAAGCUGAGUAUGAUUCCUGUGUCCUGCCUUUUGGAAGUGUUGUUUGACAAGAUUCGGUACUCACGAGACACAAAGCUGAGCAUAGCAGUUGUUCUCUUGGGUGUUGCUGUCUGCACUGUCACAGAUGUCAGUGUCAAUGCUAAAGGCUGCAUCGCGGCUUUUGUUGCCGUCUGGAGCACCUCUCUGCAACAGUAUUAUGUACAUUACCUUCAAAGGAAGUAUUCACUUAGUUCUUUCAAUCUACUUGGUCAUACUGCUCCAGCCCAAGCUGCAACACUGCUGUUAGUAGGCCCCUUUUUGGAUUACUGGUUGACAAACAGGAGAGUCUAUACUUACAACUAUAAUAUAACCUCAGUGAUGUUUAUCAUUCUAUCUUGCACCAUUGCAGUAGGGACCAAUCUCAGUCAAUUCAUAUGCAUUGGCAGAUUCACUGCUGUGUCGUUUCAAGUGCUCGGGCAUAUGAAGACGAUCCUUGUAUUGAUAUUGGGGUUCUUCUUCUUUGGGAGAGAAGGCCUUAAUUUACAGGUAGUUUUGGGUAUGGUCAUAGCUGUAGUUGGAAUGAUUUGGUAUGGCAAUGCCUCAUCCAAGCCAGGAGGAAAAGAGCGGUGGAGCAUUGCACUACCUACAAGCAGACAACAGAAACACAGUAGUUUAUCAGAAUCGAGUGAACACGACGCGAAGGUUUAAGCAUUCAUGUAGGAGAAGCAUAAAGCGUACAGGGGUAGGGGUAGCUAAUUCCAGGAACUCAUUAAAUUAUUUGAGAGUAUAAUGCACCAUUUGAUGCUAAUUAAUUUCUUUUGGUUCUAUUAUUCUCAUCUUCCUAAUACUGAUUCCUGUCAAGGGAAAGAAGAUUUUUUGCUUAGGUUUACUGGGUUAGGCUGCAAUUAUUAUUUUUUUUUAUUUUUUUAUUCAGGAAUAUAAACUAUGAUGAUCAUUUUUCCUUUUCUAUUUGAUUUACAAACCAUAUGUUCUUUCUUGACCA